AUGCGUCUUUUCCUGCUGCCCAUAUCUACCCGUCGCUCCCUCAUCUACUGCGAAAAGCUGCACGAGAAAGCCCCCAAAGACCGCUCCUACUAUGACAAGCUCACCUUAAAGGCAAACGAGACUUGGGUCGCCUGGGAAAAAGAUGAAAAAGCCAUUUGGGACUGGAAGAAGAAGGUGACCUUCUACGGCAACCAGGCCCUGAAGCGCAUUCCCUACGAAGAAUGGGGGCUCAAGACGAUACCCGCCCUCACGGCGAAGCGGAGGCAGGACAUUGUCGACGGAAAGGCUAAAUACGAGGUCUUGUUCCCUGGAAAGUACCUGCCCCAAGAGAGAGUGUCUGGGCUGCUGGAGAAGCUGGCCAAGGAGAGGCAGAACAUGCACCGGAGCAAACUCAUGUGGAGCGUCAUCAUCAUGCCCUUCACUGCGCCCUUUAUGCUUGUACCCGUCAUCCCCAACCUGCCCUUCUUCUACGUACUCUACCGGGCAUGGAGUCACUGGAAAGCCCUCGGCGGCUCCAGGCACCUCGAAUUUCUGCUCAAGUACAACCUCCCCACACCUACUCCAUCGGCCGCACUCGAUCAAGUCUACACCGCCGGACUCAUGUAUCCUACCCGCGCACUCUCCCGCGCCGCUCCCAACCCGACUCCUCAACAAGCACAACAAGUCGCAAACGUAGUGCACCAGCAGACCGACAACGAGACCAAAGACGUCAUGGUCCUGCAACGCUGGAACGGAAAGCUCAUUGCCGAGCAAUUCAAUCUACCUGAUAUGGAGGUCGAAAUUGAGCGCGCCGUCUGGCAGGUCGAGCAGGCUAUCAAGUCCAAAGAAGAGCUAGAGCAAGAGAAGCUAGAGCAAGAAAAAGCGGCUGGGGGCAACGGUAUGAGGGCAAAGGACGCACUGCCAGAAGAUAUUCUAGAGAAGAUACAUGAGAAGGCCGAAGAUGUCGCUGAGGAGGCCAAGGACAAGGCGAAGAAGUCAUGA